AUGACUCAGUCCAACGUACUGAGGCUGGUGUUUCACGCUCGUGCCAAACACCAAGGCUGUUCUGAAAUCGUCCACCAAGGACUUGUGGAUCUUGUUACAGAAAUCCUCAACCGUACACUUACCCGUCCGCAAAACAACAGGGUCGCUGAAGUCAGGCAGCUUGCCCUUCGGCUUCGUGUACACUCGCACCAAUUGCAAUCUGUCCCACAUCAUCUCCAACAACUCGUCCAAGUUCCAUCCACUUCCCGAGGAAAUUGGAACGGCAUUUGGAAUUCUGUACAACAAGUCCAGCUCCUCGAUCGAAAAGGAGUCGAUCUUGUUCAAAACAUAGAUCGCAGGAAUGUAUCUUCUGUUGCGGAUCUCAAUCACGUCGAUCAGAUCGUCCACAGUGGCAUCACACCGGAACUGGACGUCACAUGA